UGCAAAAAAUAAGGUAAUUUUCUUUUCCAAUGUUUUAGAAAAAAACAAUGGUGGAUUGUUUAGACAUGGUAAGUUCAACUUCCGAAGUCAUUAACACAGUUACCAUGGUGUCUGGCACAGAAACUGAUGACAUCAUCACAAUUGAUCCAACUCUGAAGGAUGAUUUGAAUGAUGAAACAAUUGUGGACACAGAGACAGGACUAGCUGUUACAUCCAUGUCCCCUAGUCUUGCUAACCCAACCAUUCAGGGCCUGCUUUCCUCUCCCGCCGGGCUUACUUUGCCCAGUGGGCAGCUCCUGACAACUACAGACGGGAUACAGAUCAUUGCUGUCAAUGGAACCAAUGACCUCACCAGGGAGGGGCAGAUAUGGCAGGUGGUCCACCCCGACAUGGCCACUAUCAUCGCUGUAAAUGCCGAUCAGACAUUUGAAAUUGAACCCAAAGAAGAGGAUAAACUAGGAGAUACUGACAUGCAGGAUGGUGAGACUAGUCGCUCAGGGACUGGAUCGGUCGGGGACGGGGUACCAGACAAUGCUGAUGUUCUCCCCCCAGACACUCCACUGUGGGCUCAGAGGAUGAACAAGUGUCAGAAAAUAGGAGACUACUACCGAGGGUAUGUGGAUUCUGAAGCUGACCUUGACCUUUUGUUGACCUACCACAAGCAGCAGACCCAGAGUUUCUGGGGCACCCGUCAGUCGCCCUGCCCCGCCAAACCCUCCACCCGACUCAUGUGGAGGUCACAGUAUGUCCCGUUUGAUGGAGUUCCUUUUAUGAAUCUAGGGAGUAGAGCGGUAGUCAUGGAGUGUCAGUUUGGGCCAAGGCGACGAGGAAAUGCCAAAAACACAUCUACAGAGUAUAAACAAACCUGUCCUGCAAGAAUAUAUAUCAAAAAGGUCAAGAAAUUUCCUGAGUUUGCUGUAGAUGUUAAUCAAGAUAAGAAAUCCCUCAAAGCUGCAAUGGACAACGCCUUUCAUCAGCUGAAGGUUCUUGGAACCAAUGACAUUGGUAAAGAAUUGUAUUAUGUCCAGUUACCUAUAGAGAAAGCCCAUGAAUUCCACGGAGAGCUGCAGCUGACCCCAGCGGAGGCCCCCGCGACUGUAGCCCCUGACCCAGAGUCCCCCAAAGAGAGACUGGACCCCCGGGUCCGACAAAAAAUCCGAGAACUCGUGGCAGCGGGAGAAACCAGUGUGUACGCUGUCAGAAAACAGCUGAGAACUUAUGUGUCCAAAGUGCUGUAUCUGGGUACAGAGGUACCGGAGAGACAUGACUUGACCCUGUUUCCUACAGUCAACGACCUGAAGAAUCAGAUUCACCAGGCCAUGGUAGACGUUGAGAAUGGGACUCUGGCAGUUACCACUCCUCAGGUUAAUGUGGAGAUUGUUGGUCAGUCCUCAGCCAGGCAGACAACCGAGUUUUCUUCUGUAGUGGACGGCUCUGUGUGGUCAUCUGAUGGUGUGGAGCCCGUCCCGGAGACGGUCACUGUGACCCUGACCCAGAAACCAGGGGAUGAUGGCCAUCAUGUGAUAUCCCGCAUUGAGACCCACUUGAGUGAUGGUUCUACACGGAUCAGCACACACCUGACACCAGAGACGGCCCAGCUUCUGUCUCGUCUUCAUCCUAACAUGUUCCCUGCAGGAUGUCUUCUACCUUCCAAUGAUCCCGAUGAAUCUCAGCAGUCCCUGAUCGAGUCUAAAACAGACGACUUCCCCCUGAAGGAGGACUCCUCUGACACUCUGUGUAUCAGUGCUAUCCCCCCCUCCACCAGCCAGAUCCCCCCCAUGUUAGACGGUGCAGAGACCCAUGACAUAGAAUCCCUGGCUGUGAUAGUUAACAGUGACGAGUGUGCUAGUCAGACAAUGAUGGUGUCUAUAGACAAUGGUAACCUUGACAACGCGUCAGAUCCUCCAUCCAUCGUCCAUCACGCAGAGGAGGAAGAUACCUCAAUAGAAAACCAACUCAACUGUGUCGGUGUUUCCAUGGAAACAGACUCCGAAAUCAUUCUCAGUGAUACACCUGUGUCAGAAUUUCAACCUAUUACGGAUUCCUAGUGCAAUAUUUUAAUUUAUUUAUUUCUUUGUUAUGUUACUGAGCUUUUUAUUUUGAUAGCUAAAAUUUUAUUUAUUUAUAUUGAGCAUGCCUUAAGUUGUGUAUUUUUGGAUCUGAUAUGAGAGGUAGACAUAUGGUGAUCAGUGUGAAUUGUACAAUUUUUCAUUUUAUCUUUUUCCUCUAAACAUAAUGAUUUGCAAGAUUGAACCCUUUUUACAAAUCUAAUUAAGGACCCUCCAUUGUUGUGGAAAAAUUAGAAACAGAUCACCAACACUCCAUGAGAAUGCAGCAGGUAUUUUGUUUAGACGAUGGUCAUUGUGAGAACAGUCAAGCAUGUCUGAUGAAAAAUGUAUUUUUGGACUUUGAAAAACUUACAUUAAAAUUUAAUGCCUUCUUUACUUAGGAAAAAUCUCCAAAAACAACAUAGGACUGAUAAUUAUAUACUGAUAAAAAAAAUCUAUGUUGACACAAAAAGGCAUGCAAUAAAAGUUUUUAAUUUCUCAAUCUUGGAGAAAUAUCAUUUUUAGGACUCUUGAAUUAAUUACAAAUUAUUUAUAUAAUAUGUCAUACAGUGCAGAUUACAUGCUAUUCUGUUUAAUGUCAAAUAGUGGUUCAGUCUAAUUGCACAAUAGUACCUUGAAGUUAGUGUGUAGUGUAAAGAGGGUCCUUAAUUUUCAGAUUUUAUAUUCAAUUCCUAGCUUUGAUUUUGCUUAUCUUUCCUUACCAGAGAGUUUGAAAAAUUAAAAUUGUUUUAUAAUGACAUUUUUUGUAUAAGAGUACAAGUACAUGUAUAUCAGGAAUUAACACUUUCACAUUUUUAAGUACGUAUAUUAGCAUUUAUGUUUUGACAGUUAAUUGUUAAUACCCAAAGAUGACCCAUGAAUAUCAAAAUACUAUAUACAGGAAAUUUUUGCCCCAGUUUUAUUUGUUUUGUUUUCACGAAUACUCUUAGGUGGCUAAAUAUGAAAUUGGACAAAUUAAAAAGAAACAGUACAAUUUGAAACGGAAUUGUGAUUAGGGGAAUUUAAAAUGGAGCAAAAUUGUUGCAAGUGUGAAAGGGUGAAAAUAACACUGCAUACAGUAUUCUCAAAGAGAAUGUCUUUCAAUUUUUAAAGUGAUCAACAAGUGCACAGGACUAUGAAUUGCGUAUCUUUUGAUACCCUUGUCUUUCUCUUUUGGCAGACACAAAUUACACUAACAAUACUAGCAUGUUUCUACAUGUACUUAUCUCAUACAGUAUUUUUCUUUUCUUUAUGGAAAGCAAACCAAAGAUAUUUUAUUAUUGGACAGACAGUGAGGCUGAGAUGUCUUAAAAUGAAGGCUUUAAUCAUAAAUAAUGUGUACCAGGCAAAAUUCACUUCUCCUUGUUACACCCCUUAUAACUUUGGUUAAGAACAUAUUUUAUUGAAUGAAUCAAAAGGAUUAAAAACAAGUUUUUACAACGUACUGGUUCCCUGUCCUUCACUUCUACUAGGUACAGGUGCUCUGCUGAAGGUUCCAAAUAACUAUACUACAUGUGAAUCAUUAAAGUCAUUUGAAAUACUG